AUGUCGCCAUUACCAAAUAUCACCGAAAUUACAGGAGCUGUCACAGAUACCGCUGAAAUUGCAGAUUUUGAUGUCACAGUUAUGGAAAUGAUCAUAUAUGGCUUCUUCGCCCCAUUUGGAAUUAUAUGUAUGAUUUUCAUUAUCGCCGGGUGGAUCGCAAUACUCAGUGUCUCCAUUUAUGAUACAAUACAUGAUUGGAGAUGUGGUUUAUUGGAAGUAAGCGAGAGCAGAUCAACGUCGCAACAGACGAACACAUAUCUCAUUUCAGAUGACGAGAGAGCGAGAAACCCACGUUUGAAUGUCAACAAUUGGUCGCAAUAUUCAAUGGAGGAAGAAAACUUUUCCAGCAGAGAUGAAUCGUCAAGCUACGGAACAAUGACAUGGAUGUCGAGAGAUGAGAUUGAUAAUUUUCGAAGAAGCAUAGCAGCAUCUGAUGAAAUGAUGGAGGUCUCCUCGUGGGAUAAUGAAGUAUACAGAUCUCGACCUUGA